GGGGAAGAGGAGGGGGUAUAAAUAUAACGAGACCCAACCGUUGGUGUCUCUCUAUUAACGGCAGCGUCGGCGGCAGGAAGCAAGUGGUACUACAGGAGGGUCAGACAGACAUACACACAUCAUGGCGCCGAAAAAGGGCCUGCUGGAGCGGCUGGCGGAGGGCCCGGUCAUAGGGGACGGAGGGUUCGUGUUCGCCCUGGAGAAGCGAGGCUACGUCAAGGCCGGGCCAUGGACCCCAGAGGCCACCAUCGAGAACCCGGAAGCAGUCCGCCAGCUGCACCGGGAGUUCCUCCGAGCUGGAGCGGACGUCAUGCAAGCCUUCACCUUCUACGCCUCCGACGACAAGCUGGCAAACAGAGGAAACGACUCCAGUGAGAAGUAUACGUGUCGAGGCAUCAACGACGCCGCCUGCAGGAUAGCGCGGGAGGUGGCUGACGAAGGCGACGCCCUGGUGGCGGGGGGACUCUCCCAGACUCCUUCCUACCUCUCUGGCCUCGGCAAGGAGCACACCCAGAAAGAGUUCAAGAACCAAGUCGACGUCUUUGUUGAAAAUAAAGUCGAUUUUCUUAUCACCGAGUACUUCGAGCAUGUGGAGGAGAUCGAGUGGGCCAUCGAAGUCUGCCUGAAGACGGGGCUGCCUGUGGUAGCCACCAUGUGUAUCGGACCGGAGGGUGACCUCCACGGCGUCUCCGUCGGGGAGUGCGCCGUCAGGAUGGCCAAGGCUGGCGCUCAUGUUGUGGGUAUCAACUGCCACUUCGACCCUUUCGUGGUGUUGGAGGCUUUGAGGAAGAUGAAGAACUCUCUGGAGGCUGCCAAGCUGAAGGUGCACCUCAUCUCGCAGCCCCUCGCCUUCCACACUCCUGACGCCCACAAGCAAGGCUUCAUCGACCUCCCAGAGUUCCCCUUCGCCCUGGAGCCUCGUAUCUGCACCCGGUGGGACAUGCACAGGUACGCACGGGAGGCCUACGAGCUCGGUGUGCGCUACAUCGGUGGAUGUUGCGGGUUCGAGCCCUACCACACUCGAGCUGUGGCGGAGGAGCUGGCCAAGGAGCGACGGGGGCUGCCCAAGGCAUCCGAGAAGCAUGAGCUAUGGGCGGCGGGGCUCAAGAUGCACACCAAGCCCUGGGUCAGGGCCAGGGCGAACAGAGGCUACUGGGAGAGCCUGAAGCCCGCCUCAGGGCGGCCCUACUGCCCUACCAUGUCAGCGCCCGACGACUGGGGUGUGACCGCCGGCGACGCCAGCCUUAAGCAGCGGAAGGACGCCACCACCGACGCCGAGAUCUCUGAGCUCACCCAACGCCAGCAGAAGGCUCUCAACGGUUAAAUUAAUGAUGACUGACUAAUUAAGUUAUGAUUGGCCAAUUACCAUGUCCCCGGGGUGAGGCUCCGACUCACCCUAGAGUGGAUCAAUACUCUAGGGUGAGUAUGGGACAUCCUAGAGUAUUGAUCUACUCUGUUAUGGUUAAGUAGUAUAUAGAAUAUUUCCAGUUUAUAUUCAUAAUUCUCGUGUAUGCAGAGUUGUGUGUAAUGUACUUUGUGUGAUGCAAAUAGUUAUGAUUGAUUUUACUCUCUCAGAGCCACUGUUAUUUUUGUUAUAUUUCUGAAUAUUCUUGUAUGAUGUAUCAUAUAAUAAAUAGUUUUAAAGUGA